GCAGCAGCAGCCCUGCCUGCUUGGAUGUGUCUGUGUGGUAUGUUGUGAGUGGCUUACAGGUUUUGUGUGCACACACCACCUGCGGAUUUCUCUGCCUCGCGUCGAACUGGCCGUCGCCCCCUAUAUGGCGGGCAUCCUGUGGCUGCUGGCCUGCGUCUUUCUUGCGGAGGCCCAGUACAGGCCCAAGUAUCCGAGCCCAUAUCUACAGAAAGAAAUCUUUGUGCUCAACCUGGAAGAUGGCUUCUUCGGAUGCCAAGUCAACGAAUCUACCGAAGUUCUCCAGCUUUUCGAACUCUCGCAGCUCUGCGACGGGUCGCCACAAUGCUUCCAGGGCUCGGACGAGGUAGCGAGGGAUCUAAAAUGCACAGACAGAAACCACUGUCACCCAAAGAUGCCCCGCUGUUCCAACGGUGCCUGCCUGGAUAACCUCUGUUAUUGUAACGACGGCUACGGAGGCAAAGGCUGCGAAAUGCCAGAUGAGAACGAGUGCAAGUACAGGCCGUGCGACGUCUUCGCCCAUUGCACCAACACCAUGGGCAGCUUUUAUUGUUCUUGUUUCCCGGGCUACGAAGGCGACGGUUUCGACUGCCACGACAUCAAUGAGUGCGAGAUCCCUGCCCUGGCGGCGCUCUGCGUGGACAACGCCGAAUGCUGCAACCUGCCCGGCCACUACGUGUGCAAAUGCCGGCCGGGAUUCACGGGAAAUGCCACCGUCGCCUGCGAUGACAUCGACGAAUGCCUGGAGCCCCACGCGUGCGGCACCAAUGCCAAGUGCCAGAAUGUUCCGGGCAGCUACGCCUGCUAUUGUCCUCCUGGUUACACCGGCGACCCCGUCACCGAGUGUUACGACAUGGACGAGUGCCGCAGCAGCCCGUGCGGUCCGAACUCGGUGUGUCGGAACAACGUCGGUGGCUACACGUGCGAGUGCCUGGCUGGGUACCGGUCCGCUGGUCGGCCGGAGCUCGGCUGUGCCGACGUGGACGAGUGCCUGUCCCCGGACUUUCCUUGCGGAACCGGCGCUACCUGCGUCAACACUCCCGGAAGCUUCUACUGUCACUGCCCACCGGGAUUCACGGGCAAUCCGAAACUGGCAUGCCAAGACAUCAACGAGUGUCCGUACGCCUGUGGUCCGAACACGGACUGCACCAACACCGAAGGAAGCUACAUCUGCCGCUGUAAGCCUGGUUGCAUCGGUGAUCCCAAUUCCCCGGAGGGAUGUCGCGAUCAAGACGAGUGUACGAGACCGACGGCAUGCGGCAUCAACGCCCUUUGCUUCAACGAUUUCGGUUCCUACCACUGUGCUUGCAAGGAAGGGUAUUCGGGAGAUCCACGAGUGCAGUGCGUCGAUGUGGACGAGUGCUCGCAGAACCCGUGCGCCGUCGGCAGCCUGUGCUACAACAGCCCGGGCAACUACAGGUGCGAGUGCCCCAAGGGGUACACAGGGAACGCCUACCAGUCGUGCGAGAGGGACGUCGUGGGCGUGGAAUGCGACAACGACCACGACUGUACCGCCAACGCCGAGUGCGUCAAUCACGUUUGCCAGUGCAGGAAGGGCUACCAGGUGUCCCACGACCAGAAGAACUGCAUAGACCGCAACGAGUGUCUGUCACGAGGGACGUGCGGAAGGAACGCGUUGUGCGUCAACACGGAAGGAAGCUUCCUGUGUCAGUGCAAGGCCGGUUACGAAAAGAUCCACCCGUCUCCUCAGAGCAGGUGCAAAGAUGCCAACGAGUGCGCCCAUAGUCCGUGCGGCGCCAACGCAAAGUGCAUCAAUAGCGACGGCGGGUACCGGUGCGUCUGUCCCGAGCACAUGAUCGGCAAUCCCAAGGAGGCCUGCGUCUCUCCGUGCGACGCCGUCGAGUGUGGUCGACACGCGACGUGUCAAGCCAACGGCAGAGAGGCCGCCUGCGUCUGCGACGUGGGCUUCACGUUCAACCCGGCCAAUAUCAGAGCGGGAUGCAUCGACGUGAACGAGUGCGACGUGAACCACGGGCCGUCGGGUCUGUGCGGACAGGGCGCCAUUUGUUCCAACACGCCCGGCAGCUACCGCUGCUCCUGCCCGCCGGGCUUCACUGGCGACCCCUUCCGCUUCUGCGAGGACAUCAACGAGUGCGACAGGAUGCUGGGUCCGAGUGGACUGUGCGGAGAGGGUGCCCUGUGCGCCAACACCAUGGGCAGUUUCAGCUGUUCCUGUCCACAAGGAUACUCUGGCAACGGACGCGUUCGCUGCCACGACAUCAACGAGUGCUCCCAAACAUUUGGUCCAAAUGGGAAGUGUGGCAUAUCUGCCGUCUGCACCAAUUUGCCAGGCAGUUACCAGUGCAGGUGUCCUCCUGGAACGUCGGGUGACCCAGCUGUACGAUGUGUUCAGUCGGUUCAGUGCCAAGUGGACGAUGAGUGUCCCGGUCACUCGGUCUGCAGAGACCAUCAGUGCUACUGUCCAACGCCGAACUUUGGAAACGACUGUAAACAUCCCUGCGAGGACAUCUUCUGCGGAACGCAUGCCCAGUGUCGACUGGACCACAGUGGCCGACCUGUUUGCGUCUGCGCCCACGGGUUCACGGGACAAAGUAACAGUCUGCCUGGAUGUGUUGAUAUUGACGAAUGCUCUGCCGACAACCCUUGUGGACAAGGUGCGCUGUGCAGGAAUCUGCCCGGGAAGUACGAGUGUGUGUGUCCUCAUGGCUUCGAAGGAGAUCCGUACAGAGGGUGUCUUGCCAGAGAGCAACAAGUCAUCCACGGCUGUUCAUCAUCACGGCCCUGCCCCCCCAACGAAGAGUGCAUAUCGAUCGACGGCCGAAACCAGUGCGUGUGCAAACGCGGUUUCACGUACGACGUUUCGAUAGCACGAUGCAGAGACAUCAACGAGUGCUCCGAGCUGAAGGACAGCUCACCGUGUGGAAUCAAUGCGUACUGCAUGAACUUGGAAGGCAGCUACUUGUGUCAGUGCCCGCACGGCCACGUCGGGGACCCGUACGCGGUGUGCUACCCCGAAGAGAUUGAGUGCCAGAGGGAUAACCAGUGCCCCGGAAACACCAUCUGCAUCGUGGACAGGUACCAGAAGGGCGUCUGCGGCUGCAAGGCUCCCUUUGUCCGCGAGGGAGAGUACUGUAUCCUGGUCAGCAGGAACUGUUCCACGACCAACCCUUGUCCCGAAAACCAGGAGUGCAUCUACACUGGAACCAACUACGGCUUCUGCAUAUGCCCCAAGGGAUUCACCCUCGAGGCCACCGGGUUCUGCCGAAACAUCAACGAAUGCCAAGAGAUCAGCGAGUGGGCUCCGUGUGGGGCUAACGCGGAGUGCAGGGACCUGCUGGGCAGCUACCAGUGUUUGUGUGCGCCCGGCUACACAGGGAAUCCAAGACAAGGGUGUUCGCCGAUACGAAUCCGUUGUCGUGGAGCCUCCGAUUGCCCGACCAACGAACAGUGUUCCCAAGGGCAGUGCCAGUGUUUGCCUCCUUAUAUCCUCGAAGGGGAAGAUUGCAAAGAUCCAUGCGCUUGGAUUCAGUGCGGCCAAUUUGCCACCUGCGCCAUCACUCCGGCCGGCCCACAAUGCCAGUGCAACGCGGGCUGUACGGGAAAUCCACAAACUGGUUGUUGGGAUAUCAACGAGUGCACCUCGAACCUGCCCGUGGAUCCCAACGGGCCUUGCGGAGUGGGUGCAAUCUGCAUAAACGAAGUCGGAGGAUUCCACUGCGAGUGCCCUUCCGGAACAACGGGGGAUCCCUUUACCACGGGCUGUCAAGGAGGUGCCGGGUGCAAGUUGGACGAGCAAUGUCCUCGUAGCGCCAUCUGUGACGCUAAAGGAGGAGUUUGCUUCGAUCCUUGCACCACAUCAGAAUGCGGUCCCAAUGCUUUCUGUGAACCGAAAGACCAUAAGCCAACUUGCUGGUGUCAGCCAGGUUUCGAUGGGGACCCCUACGACCUGGAGCACGGAUGUUUAUCUCCAUGCUCGAGGGUAUGGUGUGGGGUCAACGCCCAUUGCAUUGUCAACUCUCACAACGAGGGCGUCUGCAAAUGCUACGAAGGAUUCCGCGGGAACCCAUGGGAAGGAGGGGAAUGUGCUCCAGAUCUACGUUGCUCGGAGACCAGACCCUGCAUGGACGGCCAGGAAUGCGCAGACGGAUUCUGCAUUGACCGCUGUGAGAACGUUCGUUGCGGUGUCGGGGCUCGUUGUGACAAGCAGACCGGCAGCUGCAUCUGUUUGCCGUACUUCUUGGGCAAUGCCGAAGUGAUGUGUGUCCCGCCGGUCCUGCCUCCCAUUUGCGUGCCUGGUUGUGGAGUGGGAGCCCAUUGCACGUAUGCUGUUCCAAACACGUGCGUCUGCAAUCCUGGUCUCUACGGAAACCCCUAUGCAGCAUGCACCACAGACCAAACCCGUUGCAGUUCUUCAAGCUGCGGCACGAAUGCCCACUGUGCAGAUACAGGAGACAAACUGGACUGUCGUUGCCCCGCUGGCAUGCACGGAAAUCCAUUCACCCACUGUAACGACAUCAACGAAUGCUUGGGAAGUGGCAGCGUCUGUGGAACAGGAGCUAGCUGCAUCAACACCUUCGGCAGCUUCAAGUGCAUCUGCCCCCAGGGUUCCACUGGCAACGCUAACUUUGCCUGCACUCAAGGGGGGCAAGGGGGUGGUGUACCUCCGAUUAGUCCACCACUAGUUCCCCCCCUCGUUCCCCCAAUUAUUCCCGGAGGUGGUGGUGGCGGUGCAGGAGGAGGAGGAGGUGACACUCCCCCGAUCGUUCCCCCAACGCAGCCGAGCGAGUGCGAGGCGGACGACGAAUGCGGCUACGAUGGGGCUUGUGUCCCUGGCAUCAACAACCGAAAGCACUGCAUUCGUCCAUGCGAAGACAGAGAAUGUGGCCCCAAUGCUGCCUGCGUCGUGGAAAACAGCGUCGGCGUGUGCCAGUGCAAAGAGGGAUUCCAGGGCGAUCCGGGUGACCUGGAGACUGGAUGCACACCUCCCACGUCCGAAAAUGUUUGUGAAACGGAUGACGUCUGUGAAGUGAACUCCGCCUGCGUCGCCAACCAAGAAAACGUUCGAGAGUGCCGAGAGGUGUGUGCCAACGCUCAGUGUGGACCAAAUGCUGUUUGUGAGGCGGUAAACCACAAGGCAAGCUGUAUCUGCAAAAAAGAUCAUCAAGGAGACCCUAAUGAUUUGAUUCGAGGAUGCUCUGAAGUCCCGCAUCACGAAUGCAUCGCAAACACUGACUGUGGCGAGCGCUUUGAGUGCAAGCUAGGUCCCAAAGGAAUUAACCAGUGCAGAGAUGUAUGUGAAGACAAAACGUGCGGCAAGAACGCUGUGUGCCUGGGAGAAGUGCACAAGGCAAUAUGUGAAUGUGAACCUGGCUUCACCUACGACGGUAACAGCUGCCAGGUGCCAGACGACUGCGUUGUGGAUGGAGACUGCCUGGAGCACGAAGCCUGUCGACACCAAACUGACGGGAACAAGUGUGUCGACGUGUGCAUCCGGCACGUGUGUGGACCCAAUUCAAAAUGCCUCGGUCAGAAGCACGCUUCGACGUGUGUCUGCCGUGAUUCCUUCUUUGGAAACCCCAACGAUCCCGUGCGCGGCUGCCAACCCAAACUGGACGUCUGCUUUCAUGAUGCCGACUGCCCCGAGAGCGAUCGCUGCCUUCCAGAUGUUCGUGGAGUGAGGAACUGUUCAAGCACCUGCACCAAGACCCGCUGCGGUCCAAAUGCUCACUGUCUCGGCCGUCUCCACAAGCCUUCGUGCGAGUGCCGUGAAGGAUACAAUGGCAAUCCGGCUGACUUAACUCGUGGAUGCACACCAAUUCCUCUUGACCGGUGCCACAGCAACAUUGACUGCAAGGGAUAUGAAGUUUGCAAGCUCACCUCUGUUGGAAUCAAGGACUGCAUAGAGCUCUGCUUGGAUUACGACUGCGGCCCGAAUGCCAACUGUAUCGCCAUGGACCAUCAGGCAGCCUGCGAAUGCUUACCUGGCUUCGCCGGGAACCCGCAGGACUUGCACAGGGGCUGCAUGAGACACUUGUGUGAACACGACAACGACUGUGCAGACGUCACUACCUGCACGCUCACCAGGGUUGGAAUCAAGAACUGCACAGACCCGUGCUCGGACAGACGCUGUGGGCCCAACGCGGACUGCGUCGUGAAGAGUCACCGUGCUUACUGUGAAUGCAGACCAGGUUUUGAAGGCAUCCCUGAUGAUGCCAGAGAAGGCUGCACCCCGACUCCCAAAUGCCGCACUAACAGUGACUGUCGGACUGACGAGAUUUGUGCGGUAGAUCAGAAUGGCAUCAGAAAUUGUCUAGGUGGAUGCACGACUACCCUCUGUGGCCAGAACAGUCUGUGCAGGACGGAAAAUCACAUCACAGAAUGCCGCUGUCGAGAAGCGUUCGUCGGCGACCCUUACAAUAGAGAGACGGGCUGUCAACCGAUACCAGAGAGGUGUUACCACGAUGAGGACUGCCCUUCCAUCGCAGUCUGCAGGAAGGGCGAAGACGGAAAGAACGACUGCUUCGAUUCGUGCCAGGGCUACAACUGUGCCGAAGGCGCCGUCUGCCAAGCUAUCAAUCAUCGACCGCAGUGCACUUGUAAACCAGGCUUGGUGGGAGAUCCACUCAACAGAGGUUGUAGAAUACCUGACGAGUGUCAACAUGACGUGGACUGUAGGCAAGAACUCAUCUGCCGCGGAGAUACGACUGGCUUGAAGAAAUGUGUUCCCGUCUGUGUGUACGAAAAAUGUGCGCCAAACGCAUUUUGUGUCGGCCUCAACCACAAGGCUCACUGCACAUGUCCGCCCAACACGCACGGAGAUGCCUACAACCCCGUUGCGCCUUGUGCCCCAACACAGCCUGUUGUCGUGGGCUGUGUUUCGGACGAUGAAUGUGCAUCUCACGAAGUCUGCAUUCAGGAUGGCGACUGCACAGAUGCGUGUGCCAGCAAGCAGUGUGGCCCUAACGCAGUGUGCCGCGCUUUCAACCAUAAGGCCAGUUGUCACUGCCUUCAAGACUUCAAGGGUGAUCCAGAGAACCCCAUUAACGGAUGCAGACCAAAGGACGAAUGCCAGGUGGACAACGACUGCAGGAAGAGCACGGAUGUGUGCCGUACGGAUAACACGGGCAGCAAGAGGUGUUUUGAUGCGUGCCAAUUCCACAAGUGUGGCCCAAAUACUGUUUGCAUUGCCAGGCAUCACGCCUACGAGUGUGUGUGCAACGAAGGCUUCAUACGGGAUCAAGCAAACCAGUUUGGAUGUGUCAAACGAGAACGCGACGAGUGCAAGAACCACACAGCUUGCCCCUCGACAUCGGCCUGUAUACCUAACACGGUGGGCGUCAUGAAGUGCGCGGAGAUCUGCAUCAGCUUCAGUUGCACACCAGAUGCCGACUGCAUUGCGCUCAACCACCGCGGCCGCUGUAGCUGCAGGGAGGGCUACACGGGAGAUCCAAACAGCCGUGACGGUUGUCAGAGACUCCCAGAGCCAGAGUGCAUCAAUCACUCGGACUGUGCCAACCCGAACGAGGUGUGUCAGUUUGAUGAAGCGUAUGGUGAACGAAGAUGUCAAGAUGGCUGCAAGUUUCUGAAGUGCGCACCCCGUGCUGUCUGCGUUGUGGACAACCAUUUGCCAAAGUGCUCCUGUCCUAAUGGCCUCUACAUUGGUGACCCCUACGACCAGCGUGAGGGGUGCAAGCAAGUCGAGUGCCUCAAGGAUGAGGACUGCCACAUCACUAAAGCCUGCUUCCCGAACUUCUACUGCGAAGAUCCUUGCGUGGAUGGCUGCGGCAUCAACGCCGCCUGCGUGGCGCAGAACCACCAACGCAUCUGUCACUGCCGCCCGGGCUACACGGGCGACGCCCUGGUCCGCUGCGAGGAGAUCCACUACUGCGACUCCAACCCGUGCCACUCGUCCGCGAAGUGCAUCGACGUGCCAAGCGGGUACGAGUGCGUCUGCCAGUUGGGCUUCAUCGGCGACCCCUACCGGCAGGGAUGCCGCCACCCCGACUCCUGCCCCCACGGAAACGGGGACUGCCCCAGCCACCUGGCGUGCUAUCCCGACGACCACGGUCAGCCCAUGUGCCAGAAUCCUUGCGACCGUUUCAAGUGCGGACCCAACACCGUGUGUCGGGCGGAGGGCCACGCGGCUAGGUGCGAGUGCCAACUUCACUUCCGCGGCGAUCCAGCUCACGGCUGCAGCCGCGAGUCCGUGUCGUGCCUCUCGGAUCACGACUGUCCGUCCGGGCACGCCUGCGUGGACGAGCAGUGCCGCCUGGUGUGCACGCGGGAGAGCGACUGCGCGCACGGGGAAAGGUGCAUCAACAGCCGCUGCGUCCUGCCCUGCUUCGCGCACACCGACUGCCCUCCGAAAGAAGCGUGCCUGAGCCUGGGCUACUGCCAGGUGGGCUGCAGGAAGAACAGCGACUGCAGGCCGGACGAGACGUGCUCGCAGAACAGGUGUCAGAACCCGUGCGAGAUUAAAGGGCUGUGCGGACCCAACGCGAUCUGUAGGGUGAGCAACCAUGAGGCCCAGUGCCACUGCCCCGAAGGACUGACUGGAAACCCGAUCAUUGGAUGCAAGCGACCUGUCGUGACGUGCACGGGGUCGUGUCCCAAGGGACUGUCCUGCAUUGAGAACAGGUGCAGGGCCACCUGCAGCGGUUGCAUAAUCGGAGAAGCCUGCGUCAAGGACUUCUGCAUGGCAUCCUGUUCGGGAGACAGCGAGUGUCCAGCUGGCGAAUUAUGCAUCCACGGCUACUGCCAGUCAGGUUGCCGUUCGGACAGUGACUGUCACGUGCACCAGUUGUGCUCUCUCAACCACUGCUCCUGCAAGCCUGGAUUUCAACCAGUAGAUGAUGGGUGCCAAGAUAUUAACGAGUGCCUCAACAACCCGUGCCACCCGACUGGAAUCUGCGAAAACACCGUCGGAAGUUUCCUGUGUCGGUGCCCCGAAGGGUUUAUAGGAGAAGGCUUCUCCGGGUGCUCCAAUCCAGGGGAGUGUCCUCGUGGUGACGUGGACUGCCCUCCUAACGCGGCCUGUGAUCAGAACGGAAUUACCAGAUGCAUAAAUCCAUGCGAGCAGUCGUGCGGACCCAAUGCCAUCUGCAAAGUUGUCAACCACAAGAGGCAGUGUCAAUGUCCAAAGAGUGGGCUCUACACUGGAGACCCCUAUGACCCGAACAGGGGCUGCGUACAAGUUGACUGCCUCCACGACACCGACUGCCCUCAGAAUGAAGAGUGCAUCAACUUUGUUUGCGAAAGUCCGUGUGCCAGGGUGCAGUGUGGUCAAUACGGGACAUGUACUGUAAAGAAUAGACAGGCCUACUGCGAGUGCGUGCCGGGAUACGAGAAUAACGGAAGGCUCGUCUGCGUCGACGCGGACGAAUGCAAGCAGCAUCCCUGCCAUUACACCGCAAUCUGUGAAAACAACCCGGGAAGCUACACGUGCAAGUGCCCCAGCAACCUCGUGGGUGAUGCUUACGCUAAGCAGGGAACGGUCGGAUGUCAUGAUCCAAACAUAUGCUACAACGGAAACAGUGACUGCCCUCCCACUUCAGCUUGCAUAGACGUUAGCGGAACACCAUACUGCCGCGACCUGUGCGAGGACCCCACAACGUGUGGUAUCAAUGCUAACUGCAGCACAGUGAAUCACAGGGCUGUGUGCGUCUGCCGACCAGGAUACACUGGUAACCCCAAGCAGCGCUGUGAACUUGUGGAAUGCACAACUGACGAGGAGUGCCGUAGCAGCCAGGUGUGCGUGAGGAACAAGUGCUACGAUGCUUGUCAGAGCAAUGCCAAGUGUGGCAUUAACACCAUCUGCAACUCAGAAAACCACCAGGCUGUAUGCAGGUGUAGAGACGGCUAUCGUGGCAAUCCCAGCACUGGAUGCAUCAAGGACAUUCCAUGUUCCACCGAUGACAGUUGCCCUAUAGGAGAGUUCUGCUACAAGGGCUUAUGCAGAGUCUACUGCCAAUCGAACCGUGAGUGCGGAAGCAACGAAGUCUGCGAGGACGGGCGAUGUAGAGAAACCUGCAGGUCCAACACAGACUGCCCCGACCAGUUCCGAUGUGUUACCGGAAACUGCGAGCCAGUUGACAGGUGCUUCACAAAUACAGACUGCACUGCGAACCUGGUCUGUAGGGCAAGCAACAGGGGAUAUGACACGUGUGCAGACCCCUGCGAGACGAUUCUGUGCGGAAGAAAUGCCAUCUGCCUGUCCAACCGACACAGCGCUGUGUGUCAGUGCCGCGAAGGAUAUGUAGGCGAUCCGUUGGACUCGAGGCUGGGUUGCAUAAAAGCGGACUGCUUCAAGCACGAAGACUGUCGUUCAAACAGGAUAUGCAAUGAACACAAAUGUGUUGAUCCCUGCGUGAUGCGCCGAGGCUGCGGUCCCAAUGCACUGUGUGAGGCCAAGAACCACACGGCCAUUUGUCAGUGCCGUGAGGGAUACGAGGGUGACCCCGUUGUCGGCUGCCAGCCCAUCGAUUACUGCCUCAAACAGAACCCUUGCCACCAGACAGCCAUCUGCCGCAACAAAUAUGGAGGAGCGACCUGCGAGUGCCCUCCCGAGAAGCACAUAGGAAACCCCAAUGGACCUCCAGGAUGUCGCCAUCCAAACGAAUGCCCUAACGGAGACUCUGACUGCCCACCAACUGCUGCCUGUCUCUCAGAUCAUGGAGGAGUUCCCAUGUGCAAAAGCCCAUGCAGCGUCCCGGACACCUGUGGUCCAGAUGCGAUCUGCAGAACUGAAAACCAUCGUCCGACCUGCUUCUGUCCACACGGUUUCACCGGGCAACCCUACAACAAGCUGCAAGGAUGUGUCCGAAUCCCAGCGCUGUGCGAUGACGACAGGGCGUGUCCAGCUCCCAUGGUGUGCGAAAAACGUCGGUGUCGACCACCCUGCUCGACCAAGAACGACUGUGCCGCCCGUGAAGUGUGCGUAGAUGGACAUUGCAUCCAGGGCUGUCUUCGAGACAGCGAUUGCCUAACCAAGGAAAUCUGCUUGGAUAGAAACUGCAUCAUUGGCUGCUGGAAGGACUCCGACUGCCACUACAGCGAGGCGUGCGUACUCAACAGCUGCAAAAACCCAUGCGACAGCCCCACCGCCUGCGGUACAAACGCAGAGUGCCAGGUUGUUGAUCACAGGGCGGCAUGCUCGUGUCCGCGGGGAUUUUCUGGCAACGCCCACAUUUCUUGCCAGAGAGUUUCCGUUUCCUGCCGCACGACGGUGGACUGCGGAGGUCUUAACUACGGCUGCGUGGAGACCAGAUGCAGGGUCGAAUGUUCCACGGAUGGCGACUGUGCUUACGGCGAACGCUGCUUCACCGACCACUGCUACGCUCUCUGCCGCAGUGACAGCGAGUGCAAUGAGGGGGAGGUGUGCAUAGGCAACAGAUGUGAAGCUGGCUGCCGUACGAACGAGCAGUGCUUGGAUCACCUGGCUUGUGUCAGCAACCAGUGCAGAGAUCCGUGCGAAGGCAGUGCCACCUGUGGGCCGAAUGCGGAGUGCAAGGUUGUGAACCACCGAGUCGUCUGCAGUUGCCCCGCCAACUUCAUUGGGCGCCCCCACGCUAACGUUGCCUGUGUGAGGAAGCCCAUUCGCUGCACGCAGAAUCACGAAUGCACCCCUGGUCACAUAUGUUACCUGGGUUACUGUAGAGUGAGCUGUAGCAGCAACCAAGACUGCGCCCUCAACGAGCGGUGUGUUGAAAGCAGGUGCCACGUCCAGUGCCACCGUGAUCGUGAAUGCUUUGAGUGGGAGAUCUGCGAAAGUAACUUCUGCAAGGUUGGUUGCAGGGCUGACACUGACUGUCCAUCCGAUCAAGCCUGCAUCAAGAACCAGUGCAUUGAUCCGUGUGCAAGCCCCGCUGCUUGCGGAACCAAUGCCAUCUGUUCCGUAAGGAAUCACCGGGAGUCCUGCACCUGCCCUCCUGGGCUCAUCGGCGACGCUCACCUCGAAUGUGUCCGAGAGUCCAAAGAGUGCCGUGCUAACGAUGACUGCGGCCUUGGCGGUUACUGCGAAGCCACUGUUUGUACAGUUGCCUGCAGUAGCGACAACGAAUGCUACAACAACGAGCGUUGCGUGGAAGAAAGGUGCAGCUUGAUCUGCACCACCGAUGCCCUGUGCCCACAUAACCAUAUCUGUGAGAAGGGACUGUGCUUGGCGGGUUGCCGAUCAGACUUGGAUUGUCCACCGACAGCUACUUGCAUCAGCCGUCAAUGCAUUGAUCCAUGUGCCAGCCCCACCGCAUGUGGUCCAAAUGCACAGUGCAGACCAGUGAAUCAUCGAGCCUACUGCACUUGCCAGCCAGGUUACACUGGGGAUCCUCACGUGGAAUGUUCCAAGGUGGAGUGCGUGAUCGACUCUGAAUGUACCGUUGGCAAGAUAUGCCAGAACUACCGCUGCAUCGAGGGAUGCCGCUCGGACGUCGGUUGCCCCGAAGAUAAAUCGUGCAUCAGCAGGCAGUGCCAGAACCCUUGUCAGUUUGUGGGCGCCUGUGGACUAAACGCCGAAUGUAGGACCAUCACCCACCGUCUCACGUGCUCUUGCCCGCCGCACACCGUGGGCGAUCCCCUCACGGAGUGCCACAGAGACCCAGACGUGUGCUCGAGGGAAGCAGACUGCGGCUCCGAAAGGACGUGCGAAAACAGUCGCUGUAUCACCAAAGUUGAAUGCAGAACCGACAAUGACUGCGCUCUCGGAAAAAUCUGUGAAACUAAUCGUUGCUACGACGGCUGCCGUAGCCACCAAAAUUGUCCGGUUAACCAAGGAUGUUACCAGGGUCAGUGCCAGAACCCGUGUAGCAUCCGUGGUGCAUGUGGCAUCAACGCGGAAUGCAAGGCGGAACAGCACCAUGCGUAUUGCCUCUGCCCUGAGGGAUUUAAUGGGAAUCCCCAGUUCGAGUGCAAGAAGGGUCAAGAAUGUCGCGUUAACGAGGAAUGUCUGCCGGGGCUCAUUUGUCUUCGUGGAAAGUGCUCUCCUUCCGACCUGUGUGUGUCGGACAACGAUUGCAGUCGUGGAGAAAUAUGUGAGCAUACCAGGUGCAUAGUGGGGUGUCGUAGCCACAGUGACUGUGACUUCUUCCUCGAGUGUCGUGCCAAGCAGUGCCAGGACCCAUGCCACCAAGGCGUGUGCGGUCUCAACGCCCACUGCAUUCCCGUCAGCCAUGAACCGCAGUGUCGCUGCCCGGCAAACUUUGAAGGAGAUCCUAAAGUGCACUGUAGAGAAGUGUCCGUCGAAUGCCACGUCGACAACGACUGUGGGCUAGAGAAGAUUUGCAUCAGCAACCGCUGCAUAGUGGGAUGCCGAACGGACGACCAUUGUCCGUUCGACAAGCUGUGCCAGGAGGGCCAGUGCCAGAACCCAUGUAGCCUGCGCGGCAGCUGCGGAAUAAAUGCCCUGUGCCGACCUCACAACCAUCGCGCUGUCUGCACCUGCCCCAAGAGCCAUCGUGAGGGAGACCCCAAAGUGCGCUGUUCUUACCCAACAGAGCAGUCACGUGUGGAAUGCAGCAGCGACGAGCCGUGCCCCGUGGGAUUCGUUUGCCGCAACAACGUCUGCAUAGUGGAUGGCUGUGCAUCUGACACUGCGUGCAAUCCUGGCGAAAUCUGCGAACGUCGGAAGUGCAUCCUGGGGUGCCGACGUGACUCAGACUGCACGUUUGACAAGGCCUGCAUCAACACCAAGUGCACAAACCCGUGCUUGGUGCAGAACUCCUGUGGCCAGAAUGCGGACUGCCGUCCAGUAGUGCACAGGCCUCUGUGUACCUGCAGGUCUGGAUUUGAAGGCAAUCCAUACGAUUACUGCACCAAAGUGGAAGUCAAGCCACCACCAGAGUGCUUCCAAGACCGCGACUGCUAUGUCGGAAGAAUUUGCGAGUCGGACUUCUGUGUUGAGGGCUGCCGCUCGGACGACAACUGCCCCUUCGACAAAGCGUGCAUCAGUCGUCAAUGCCGUGAUCCCUGUACUGCCGGAAUUUGUGGAAAGCAGGCCAGGUGUCUUCCGAUCGACCACAAACCUGUCUGCACGUGUCCGUCGGGACUCAGUGGUGAUCCCAACGUCGAAUGUACUGUCCCCCGCCAGGACUUCUGUUUCCAUGACAGCGACUGCCCCCUGGGGCGCAUUUGCGAGAAGGGUUACUGCGUCGACGCCUGCCGUACCGACGAUGCCUGCCCAUUCGACAAGGCAUGCAUUCGCAACAGAUGCCAGAAUCCCUGCAGUUUCCCAUCCGUGUGCGGCAUCAAUUCGGACUGUCGUCCGGCUAACCAUCGCCCGGUCUGCAUCUGUCUACCUGGCCUAACCGGCAACGCGGAAGUGCACUGUACCGAGGUACGAGAAGAAGGGUGCAGACGGGAUACUGAGUGCACAUUUGGGCAGAUAUGUGAGCAUCAGCAGUGCGUUGAGGGCUGCAGAAGUGAGGACCAAUGCCUGCCCACGGAAGCCUGCUACCGCGGAAAAUGCCAGAACCUGUGCCUUCUGACAGGCACAUGUGGCAUCAAUGCCCUGUGUGCCAUGGCUGCGCAUCAUCCGGUCUGCUCUUGUGAACGGGGAUAUAUUGGCGAUCCCAGAAUUGAAUGCCGACCAGUGCCUCCCGAGCCACCCAAGGAAUGUCACGUCGACACGGAUUGUGCUCUUCGUCACGUCUGCGACAGCUACAAAUGCGUUUUCGGUUGCAGAACCGACCAGCGCUGCCCCCCGGAUGAAGCCUGUGUCAGCGGAAUCUGCCAGAACCCCUGCGGAGUCUUCGGUGCCUGCGGCCGCAAUGCAGUCUGCAAGCCUGUCAAUCAUCAUUCGGAGUGCACCUGCUUGCCAGGGCACCGUGGAAAUCCUAACGUAGUCUGUCUCAAGGACACGCCUAAGCCAGAAUGCACGAGGGACAGCGAAUGCCUGAUUGGGUUCAUCUGUGACAACAACCGUUGCUUAGAGGGCUGUCGCCAUGACAACAACUGCCCGUACGAAAAGGCCUGCGUCAAUGGCCAGUGCCAGUACGUCUGCAAUCUACCCAACAUUUGUGGAGUGAACGCCGAGUGCCAGCCCCAAAACCACCGCGCUGCCUGCACUUGUCCCUCGGGCUUCCUUGGUGACCCUCAGAUCGAGUGUAGAGAAGUCAAGGUACCUGGUCCGUGCUUCCAUGAUGCAGACUGUGCCGUGGGUAACAUUUGCGACCAGGGGCAUUGCAUUGCUGGCUGCCGCAACAACGAAAACUGCCCAUUCCUGGAAGUUUGCCUGCGUGGGGUUUGUCAGGACCCUUGCAAGGUGUACGGGGCUUGUGGAAUCAACGCUGUGUGCAAGGCCAUCAACCACGACCGCGUGUGCGCCUGCUUGCCCGAUCACACGGGAGACCCGAGACAUCGUUGCGUCAAAGAUAUUCCACCACCAGAGUGCGUUCGUGAUGAGGACUGUUCGUAUGGCCGCAUAUGUGAGCGCAACAAAUGUACAGUGGGGUGCAGAACAGAUGCCAAUUGCCCCUUGGAUGAGAACUGCAUCUACAACCAGUGCCAAAAUCCGUGCCAGCGUAGUGGUGUCUGCGGAAGGGAUGCCACUUGUUCGGCCGUUAAUCACCGAGAACUGUGUUCCUGCGAACCGGGUUACACAGGAGACCCACUGACUGCGUGCGAGAAAGUGCCGGAGGGAUACUGCAGAAGGGACGAGGAGUGUGGAUUCGGCGACAUCUGCGUUUCAUCAAGAUGCAUACCUGGAUGCCGCACACAUAGCAACUGUCCCUACGAUAAAGCCUGUAUCAACAACAUCUGUCAGGACCCUUGCAGUCUAGGUGGCGUCUGUGGCAUCAACGCUCAGUGCAGACCUAUCAACCACGAACCCACUUGCAACUGCCUGCCUGGCUACACAGGAGAUGCCAAAGACCACUGUCGUAUAGUGCCCCUACCGGAGUGUACCGAAGACCGUCACUGCGGCUCCGGGUAUCUCUGCGUCAACGAACAGUGCAAAGAUAUCAACGAGUGCCUGCACGGUCGCGGUCCAUGUGCUCACGGUGCAGUCUGCACAAACCUGCCCGGAAGCUUCAAGUGUAGCUGUCCUAGUGGCUUGGUGGGCGAUCCUUACCAUGGACGCUGCCGUCAGCGCAUCCAAGGAUGUAGCCGGGACAGCGACUGCAAGGACAACGAAGCUUGCAAUGCUCUUACUGAGCAGUGUUACGAUGCGUGCCUGAGACCCGGAGUAUGCGGUCGUGGAGCUCAAUGUCGUGGCGUGAACCACCGGCACGAGUGCUACUGUCCCAGCGGACUGCGUGGAAACCCAUACGUCGAGUGCACUGUCUCUCGUCCCUGCACCAAUCACCAAGAGUGUCCCGGAAAUCUUCAGUGCCUCGGAGACAGGUGCAGUUGCCCGCGUCCGUUCCAACAGAAGAACUACUUCUGUAUAUUGACCAGCGUCAACUGCUCAACUACCAACCCAUGCGCAGAAAACCAGGAGUGCAUCUACGAAGGGGGGCAGGUCGGAUUCUGCGUCUGUCCAAAGGGCUUUGUUCUCAUGCCGAAUGGAAUAUGUAGAGAUAUCAACGAAUGUGAGCAGCAACCAUUCCCAUGUGCCACUGGUGCUCAGUGCUACAACACAGUGGGCAGCUACCACUGCAACUGCCCACCAGGAACCACAGGAGAGCCCUACCACGCUGGCUGUGAACCACCUAAAGGUGAAUGUACCACUGACACCGACUGUCCACAGGACAAGGCUUGCGACAUUACUGUGCUCAAGUGUUACGAUCCCUGCUUACUGCCUGGUGCCUGCGGAGGAAAUGCCCACUGCCGCGUUGUCGCGCAUAGGCCCACGUGCCAGUGUCCGCCGGGCUACUCCGGAAAUCCUUCCGACUACUGCCACAAACUGGUUGGCUGUCCUCACGAGUUCCAGUGUCCCGGGAACCUUUUGUGCCUCGAGAACGGAUACUGCGGUUGUCCACCUGUGUUCCAACGUGUGCAGGACUACUGCAUAGCCGUGAGCCGAAACUGCUCGACCACCAACCCCUGUAGAUCGAACGAGGAGUGCGUCUACACGGGCAAGCAGACAGGAUUUUGCGUAUGUCCUCGAGGCUUCAGGCUGGAACCAAACGGCGUAUGCAGAGAUAUCAACGAAUGUAGUGAACUGAAACCGUGCUCAAAGGGAGCAGAGUGCAUCAAUCUGCCUGGCUCAUUUGAAUGCAAGUGCCCACAAGACACUGAUGGUGAUCCCUACAAGGGUGACUGUCUCCCACGAGAGAUCCCCAGGUGCACCACGGACGAUGACUGCCCGCUUCACGAGGCCUGCGAUCUCAACAAAAAGGACUGCUAUGAUCCAUGCUUCAUCGACCCCUGCGGCUUCGAGGCCGUCUGUCGUGUCGAGAACCACAAGACUGUCUGCAUCUGUCCUCCCAGCUACACUGGAAAUCCUUUAGUGAGAUGCGUCAAAGUGGAGGUCUGUGGCAUAGACUACAACUGCCCAGGAAACCUCAUCUGUCUCUCGACAAACACCUGUGGGUGCCCUCCGAACUACGACCGUAUCGGGGAGUUCUGUAUUGUGACCAGUCGCAACUGUACGACGACAAACCCAUGUUCGAAGAACGAAGACUGCGUCUACGUGGGGCCCCAGGAAGGAUUCUGCGUCUGUCCCCGUGGCUUUGAGCUCCAACCCAACGGAGCGUGCAGAGAUAUCAACGAGUGUGUGUCCUUGCACAAUCCUUGUGCCCCCAACGCCAACUGCGUCAAUCUCCUCGGCAGCUAUGACUGUGUCUGCCCUCCUGGAACUGUUGGCGAUCCUUUCAUUCGUGGCUGCGAACGUGUUGAGGAAUCCUGCAGAAGCAACAGGGACUGUCCUUCCGAUAAGGAAUGCGAUCUUGGAACACGCCAGUGCAUACCUCCGUGCCACGUCUGCGGACCGAGUGCGACCUGCACUGUGACCAAUCACGUAGCCAUCUGUGUCUGUCCGCCCGACCUGAUUGGAGAUCCGUACGACAAGAUUCACGGCUGCUACAAAGGUGCCCCUCCUCCGGAUCCCAAGGAGCCGACAGUAACCGAUAUUCCCCCUGGUGGCCUCGAUGUUAUGUGUCUGGCGGACGGUGUCCAAGUUCUCAUUCAGCUGGACAGCUUCAACGGCGUCAUCUACGUCAAAGGUCACAGCCAGGAUCCCCAGUGCCAUCGAAUCGUGUCCAGCAGCGAACGGGAAACCGUGGACUUCAAAGUUCUCUUCAACACAUGUGGCCUCGUGCACAUCAAUGGAGAAGCAUCGUUUAUACUGGUCAUUCAGAAGCACCCGAAGCUGGUUACGUACCGUGCCAGAGCCUACCAUAUCAAGUGUGUCUACAACACUGGAGAGAAAACGGUCACGCUUGGAUUUAAUGUCAGCAUGAUCACCACUUCGGGCACAAUCGCCAACACGGGACCUCCUCCGACCUGCCAGAUGCAGAUCUGCACGGUUGACGGGAAGGAAGUCAGCAGUGCUGAGAUAGGCGACGACCUUCUUCUUAAAGUCACCGUUCAACCACACGAAAUCUACGGUGGUUUUGCAAGGGGCUGCAUAGCCAAGACUAUGGACAACGAGGAAGAAACUCAGUACGAAGUAACAGACGCCAAUGGAUGUGCCACUGACCGAACAAUCUUUGACAACUGGGAGUAUGAUCCGGAGAACAAGGUCCUCAUGGCUCGGUUUAACGCCUUCAAGUUCCCGAGCAGCAAUAACCUUCGCUUCCAGUGCAACAUCCGCGUCUGCUUUGGAUCAUGUCCACCAGUGCACUGCGACGGAGUGGACGCAUUUGGAAGGAGGAGGAAACGUCAGGCUACGGGCACUGAUCUCCAGUUGGGCACUUCCUUCCAAGAAGGACAACUCAGGGAAGAGAUCAUGGUGCAAUCCAAUGCAAUACUCACCUUUGACAAGAAGGAGAACCAAGUAGCACCUACCACAGAAGCUGGCCCCGAGGUGACGGAAAUCGACAGCGUGUGCCUGCCGAAACUGGGCCUCAUUGUGUCAUUGGUUAUCACAACUCUGUUAGCCUUAGUGGCCGUAGCCGUAGCCAUCUCCUGCUGGCUCAUGGCGUACCGACGUCGAACUAAGGCGGAGGGUCCGCUGCCCCAUCCGCCGGACUUUCCGAAUCCGCUGUACACCACGCCGGAACCCUUGGCGGAGCCUUCGCCCGAUUACUAUCAGUCCUCUGUGCGGUAGGGCAGAGGGCCGUUUCACCGUGGCUUCCUGAACAUGAGGACGUCUUAGGACUUUUGUGCUUUUCUUCCAACUGUGAAACCAUGUGCUGCAGCAGCGGUUUCUGAAACCUCACUGCUCUACAUGCUAAUGUAUUUAUUGGCCGUUUUUGUUGUAGGUGUUCCAUAGACGCUGCUGGCUUGCGUAGUACCCCCUUUUUUUUUUUUUUUGUUUACAUAUCGAGAGGUUCACUUCUCGAACAGUAAGUUAACGCUGAAAACGAGACGUGUCUGUUGUAGCAUUUCUAUUUGAAUUGCGUCGAAGUAAUUUGGUUUUAAGUUUUGUGCGAGUCACAAAAAGGACGCCCGUGCGCAAAAUGCUGCUUCGAUGCUGUUUUCACCUCUCUUCAAGUCUGCGACCUCAUGUUUGGGUGGUCUUUGUAGAGUGAUUGUCUCUUAGUUUUCUCCGAGCGAUGAGCGCGGGUGUUCUUUCGGGUUACACCAGAGUGACGCAGCGCGUCACUGGGAAGCCAAGUCAUUUCUUUCUGGUGUACGAGAUGCGCGAGUUUUAUUUCCAAUGGCAGCUAUACAAAGAAAUGUCCAGGGACAGAGUUAUAUUUUAUGUGAAUUUUAGGAAGCUUGCGUCACACAGAUGGGUGCUCUCAGUAACUUGGAUUUCACGCAACCAGUUAGUCCACCGGUGAAGCUCAGGAGUGUACUACUACUCCGCUGAUGAACGACGAACAGAUUUAAUUUCCUUCGCAUUUUUCUUUUUUUCACUCGUAUUCGACCUUCAAAACAGCUGUAGCAGGCUGUGUAAGCUGUACCCGUCGAGGUCACGGAUGUUUUAAGUGAAGAGCAACCAGUGCACGUUGCUUUAACGCUUUUCUCCCGCGUCUCCAAUGAGACAAGUUACUCUGGGACCAACCUGUGUGCUUGUUGAUGGGAUCUGUUUUUUUUUUACCUUUAUGUCGUGCGCAUGUUUACGGACAGGGUCGUUGUAUUGCCGUGCUUUUGCUUUGGUCUUUCGAAUGUCGUUUCUCCUCUCUCGACACGAGAGCCUCUUUUCGACGAGCGCCGUGUCCCCGCAGAGGUCAAGCGACAUUUGAUGACCAUUCUGGUUCCGUGUCUCGUCUAUUCGUGAAACCUCCGUGUUGUAUUUAAACUUAGGUAUAUGAAUUAGUAGCGAGCCCAUAGUUUAGCAGAUGAAAGGUUUUUGCUGUGAUAACUUUUCUCGGUGGCAGUUUUCCUCGAUGAGUGCCACUGCCCGGGCAGGAAAACAUCUCAGUAUGGCAGCUAUUUUUUGUAGGCUAUGUGGCAACGUUACAUGUCGUUUAUAUUUUGCUAAUGACAAACUUCUGCAGUCUUGUAUUGCCAUUGAAUUUUUAACACAUGAAUAAAGUGUGCUUUUUCCACGCA